AGCUGGGGACCUGCGAUGGCCGCUCCGGCAGCCGUGGACCGAGACCCCGCCGUGUCAAUCCGGCCCUCCCGAGCCGAGGACUGCGCGGAGAUCAUGCGCAUGAUCCGGGAACUUGCAGAGUUUGAGAAAAUGUCCGAUCAGGUUGCAAACAGCAAUCAAGGACUUUACGAGGACGGCUUCUGCCAGGACCCCUUCUACAAAUGUGUGGUGGCCGAGGUCCCCCCGCAGCACCAGAGCAAAGACGGCCACACCGUCGUGGGGUUCGGCUUGUAUUUUUUCACUUACAGCACCUGGAAAGGCCGAAACAUCUACAUGGAAGACCUCUACGUCAUGCCAGAGUUUCGGGGGAGAGGCAUUGGGAAGAAGCUCAUGGGUGCCAUUGCCCAGAUCGGCUUGGAGAAAGGUUGCGUCCAGAUGAAGUUCUCCGCUCUGGAUUGGAACCGAAAGGCCAUCGACUUAUACCUUGGCAACGGCGCCGUGGACCUGACUGCCACGGAGGGCUGGCACGUCUUCCGCUUCGAAGGAGACGCCAUGCGGCAGCUGGCGGCGGGGGGAGCCAGCAAAUGAGCCGCGGGCAGAGAUUUCGGAGGGGCCUGUGGUGAGGAGACUCGUAUUCCCCCCACCACCACCACGCACACCAUGGAACUACAAUUCCCAGAUUCCCCCGGGAAGCGGCGUUGACUGUCAAACUGGCAUGGUUCCCCCAAGGAAUUCUGGGAGCUGUAGUAUGCUCAGGAGGGCAUGAGAGUUGCUAGAAGGUAUACCCCUUAUUUCCCCUCGCAGAGCUACAGUUCCCUGGUAAGACAGUAGCACCGCAAUGGCUUCCCCCCCAAAGAAUUCUGGGAGCUGAGAGUUUGUUAAAGAGAGCUCUCCUAUUUCCGCUCGCAGAGCUACAAUUCCCAGACUGGUUUUAGCAGUCAGUAGCAACCACA